AUACUUCCGCAGACGGAAGGUUGCCGUAAAGGUCAGCUAUCUGCGGACUUUCCAUUUGAAUAGGAUAGAUUGACUUUGUAUUGAACUUCCUAUUCUCAUGGGUCCGGAUGUAAGGCAUCCUCGACACCAAUCAAACCAGACAGUCAAGAACUGAGCGGGACAUCUUAUCUUUUCUUUUUCUCCCUCCCGGGACGCUUCUCUUUUAAGGUGGCUCUGCAAUGUUUGUCGAAACAAGAGACCGAACCCAGAUUAAAAGAAUGGGCUAUACCUCUUAUAAAUCUCGUCCAAGUCGGUUUUCGACAAACCAUACUAUCCGUUGCUUUCUAUCGCGUUAUUAGUCCGUUUUACGCAUUGGCCUAUUUCCUUACAAGUUUGAGUUUGUUGCAGCCGUCAAUCCAGUAAAAUAGCCAGUGAAAGCAGUAGUCUAAAACGCGGUUUAUUUCCAAAAUAAUUGAUUGAUCGUUUGAAGACGUGGGCAUAGAAAACUCUUACCGCUUACAGCCUUUGCAUCAUAUGAAAUUCCCUGCUGGUUCAUGCGUUAUUUGCACCUUUAAACAAAAAGAAGAAGGUUGAUCGUGUUUAUUGGAACCUUGUAAAACGGGUCUACCUUAAAGGCUGCACACAUCUCUCCAUCGCCCAGCCCCCCACAGCUGCCCAAUGAAUUAAGAGCGGAUGCGAUGUAUCCUUUUUCAGUGGGGUGAAUGACCAAUGGGAGUUGGCCAGUCGAACAAACACAGAACUCUACAUUCUCAUUCAUUCAGUGUUAAAGACAGCAAGGCGGAGUGCUGAUGAGCGCGUCACAUUUCAGUUGGUUCCCAGCUUUUGAUGGAACAUUGCACGCGACGAAAUAACUAUUCUGCUUUCUCUCCCAAGUGCAAAUCCAGCAAUCGGAUAUGUUUUUUAUUGCCCUGCAUCUGACGUGUAGACUACGUUUUUUCUCCCUUUGAAGUAAAUUAAAAACACGUUGUCUUUUUUUUUGUCGGUUACUGAUCCUUUUGUGGGGCAAAACAGCAUUGGCUGAUUUGACGUCGGCGUACCGCAACCUCUCCGCUGCCCUGGGCGCGUGUUUCUGCAAGCAUUUACUGUGGAUUUACCCCCUUUCUGGAACGCAUUGGCAUGUUUUUGUACGCGUUGAAAAGCGAGAAGCUCCACUUAUCGUGCUGUCCUCCUCUUGUGGAAUUACAGUCGUUUUUGUAAUGUAUGAUAUGGACCUUAAUGCUUUCGGACAAGUUCACUGGACGGGACUUUCUUGGUAUAUUGUUUGAUGGAUUCGACAACAUGGAUGGUUGCAUAUAGGAUCUCAGAUGCACGCCAAGUCCGCGGUGAACGUCGGAAGUGGUGAUAGCCCCAGAUGGAGCACCAUAGUCAGCGUGGCGGGGGUGGAGGAGGCGGCGGACUAGCCUCCCUGCAGCCGCCGGAGGGGCGGCCCCGGCUCGAGUUCGACGGGGACCUCCAGCACGCCGCCAUCCUCUCGCUGGACCAGAUCCGGGCCAUCCGCUCCUGCAACAACUACACCGAGGGCCCCACUGGCCCCCGGAGGCCUGCCCCCCCUAGGGCCGCGCCCCGGCCCGAUAAGCGGGAGAGAACUCACGAGGUCGUCGGCGUCAACAACAACAAUGACGACGAAGCCUAUGAGCGCCGGGCCCCCAGGCACGGCCCCGGCGCCCCGGUGCUGAGCCGCUCCACCAGCACGGGCAGCGCCGCCAGCUCGGGCAGCAACAGCAGCGUCUCGUCGGAGCAGGGCCUCCUGGGUCGGCCCCAGCCGGGCCGCCUGAGCUCGCCACACCACCGGCCCAUCCGGACUCAGCCGAAAAGCCGCACGCAGCCCCCUCCAGAGGAGCCGCUGAAGCCCCCCACCUCUUGGAAGAAGAAGGAGGCACAGGAGGAGGAGGAGGACUGCGCCUCCGGACACCGCUUGGUGUGCGAGCAGUGCAGGAGGUGCAAGUGCGCCGAGUGUACCGCCCCCAGGACGCUACCCUCCUGCCUGGCCUGCGGCGGGCAAUGUCUGUGCUCGGCCGAGACCCUGGUGGAACAUGGCACCUGCAUGUGCCUGGUCAAGGGGCUUUUCUACCACUGCUCCAACGACGACGAGGGAGACUCGUGCGCAGAUAGCCCCUGCUCCCUGUCACGCUCCCACUGCUGCUCACGCUUCCUCUGCAUGGGAUUAAUGUCGGCCCUUUUCCCCUGUUUACUGUGCUACCCACCCGCCAAGGGCUGUGUCAAGGCUUGCCAGCGCUGCUACGACCAGGCUAAGAGGCCCGGCUGCCGCUGCAAGAACUCCAACACUGUCUACUGCAAGCUGGAGAACUGGUCGCCCCCUAGGGCCCAGGAAAAGCCUUUCUGAUUCUGGAAUGGGGAGGAUUAGCUCACUUGAUUAUAAUGAUGAUAAUAAUAAUAAUAAUAAUUAUUGAUGUUUAAGCACCUCCCACCCCGCCCAAUCCCCCCCAUCUCCUACUUUCUCCACUGAGAAACCCUUCAUGGCCCAAAAUGAGUAUGAACCCCUCCCUCCCCCCAACCCCCUUCUUCAAACCUUCUUCAAGACCCCUCUACAAUCCAGUGUUUGCCCUGCCAAUUUCUCCUCAGAUACUCAUUAACAAUCUUCACUCCUUGUAAAGAAUUUUUUUUUUUUCAGCUAGGAAGGUCCUCUUGUUUCUUCCAACUUUGUGUGAGAGUAGCCUCUUGCCAAAUCUGUGAAGGACUAUCUGGAAAAUAUGUUGCUAUCCAUAGCAUCUCUCUCUCUCUCUCUCCCUCUUUCCUCUCUCUCCAUCUCUCUCUCACUCUGUCACACUUUAACCUCAUCACUGGUUCUCGUAGAAAUGCCUUUUUUACCCUUCCCCCCACUCCAAACUUCUUCAUUCACUCUGUGGCAUUUUUUUUAUUGUUGUAAAUUGUAUGUAUAAAUCUUAAAGAUGAAAAUCUGGCUAUUUUUUAAAGAAAAAUGUCUGUCUUGUAAAGAAUAUUUAUUAUGUCAAGCGCUAUUAUUUUAUGAUAUUUAUUGCAAAAGACAGUCUUGAAAUUUACUCAUGUCUGAAUAUAACAAAAUAUCAAUACUUACUGAAAAAUUAAAGGGUGGCACAAAAGAAAAAACUGUUAACUAUAAUUCAAAAAAUAUAUUAAUUAAUGAAAAAUAA